UCUCUCUCUCACACACACACACACACACACUCACUCACUCUGACGCAGUACCCUGGCUGCACAGGAGACGGAAGCUGCUGGGAACAUGGCUGGUGAUUUAAUUUUGCUUGCUGCAGUAUCCCUUCUUUCAGCCUGCCAGCAAAGUUGUUUUGCCUGGCUGGUAGGAAAAUCAAGAAAGCAGCACAAGAUCAUGCCCCCAGAAGUCACCGGAACCCCAGAAUUUGACAGAAUAUUCCGUGCACAACAAAACUGUGUUGAGUUUUAUCCAAUCUUCCUGGUUGCUCUCUGGAUUGCAGGCUGUUUUUUCAAUCAAGUAUUGGCAGCCCUACUGGGUCUGGUGUACAUGUAUACCCGUCACAAAUACUUCCAUGGAUAUGCAGAGUCUGCAAAAGGAAGGAUAACAGGUUUUUAUUGGAGUGUGGUGGUUCUGCUCUCACUGAUGGCCCUGGCUGCAGCUGGGAUUACUAAUAGCUUUCUGGAAGAAUACUUGGACAUCAGCAUAGGAAAGAAAUUACAUAAAUUGCUCUGAAGAUUAUUUAUGUAUAAAUAAAUAAAGUAGAUGCUUUCCCUGGACAUUAAAAGGCAGAUGAGCUGCAUCAUGUGGAAUAAAAGCAUCCAGAUUUCUUUA